CUAGGAAAGUUUAGAAACUUUUUAGUUGAGGCUUGCAAUUCGGUGAGGGAAGUGGUGUCAUUAGUUAAACUUCUCGGAAUUGUUGAAACAAACAUUAAAGUGAUUUCAUUUAGUAAAUUUCACCGUCGGUGGUUCUUUAAUUAGUGCAGCACGGAAGUGUCUUCCGGUGAAUUUCCAUCGUUUCCGAGGAGUGAAUUGAAAAGUUUUGAAUUUUGUGCUGAUUCAGUGACGUGAGGGGAAGAUUGAAAUUGUUUUUAAUUGUGCACUCGAGGGUGUGUGAAGAUAAUAUCUUUCGACUAUCGUUUUUGAAUACUGAACGGGUUAAAGUGCGAAGUGACAAUGGAUAACGAAAGUGCGACCUACGAUUUGAAAAAGGAGAUCACUGGCGUCCCGAAAUACGGCGUCAAGAUGAAAUUCAACCACACAUUCCCGGAGAAACGCAACCAGCACCUCAGACCUUCCAUCAAACAGUCGCUCCCCUUCAUCCCAAUGUUUUGCAGAUACAUGCAAUACUAUUGGAAGGUGAACCGUGAAGGACGUCGCAUUCUAAUGGAUUACUACUAUGCCGAACAGGGUAAGCAAAUUUAUGGGGUGCCAAUCGGUGGGAUUGGAUCAGGCACUAUUGGACGAGGAUUUGCUGGCGAAUUUUGUCGAUUUCAAAUGAAACCUGGAGUCUAUGAAUACAAUACGGUCUACGCUAAUCAGUUUAUUGUGACGAUUAAAGAUGAAAAGGAUAAUACAAUCUUUCAGAGCUUGUUAUCGAGCUAUAGAAAAAAAUCCAAUCGUCUUUCCAGUCGACCUAAAGGCACCUUGUCAAAUUGGGAAAGCAAUCUAGAUGCAUCGAAAUGCCAUUAUACAGGUUUGUAUCCGCGCGCAUGGAGUGAAAUCGACUUAUCUGAAUAUGGGAUUAAACUUAUUGGUCGUCAGAUAUCACCAGUAAUUCCACACGAUUACAAGGAUUCGCCAUUGCCAUGUGCGGUCUUUGUAUGGUCCGUUGAGAAUGUAUGUGAGGCCGAGAGAAAAGUAUCUAUUACGUUCACAUUUAAAAAUGGAACGGGCACAAAAAAGCAAGAUUAUGAGGGUGCACCGACUACUGAUAUGUUUGCCGAAGGCCAGGCUAAAGGUGUCAGUAUCAAACAAACUAUUACCGGACUUGAGUGCACGUAUUGCCUGGCUUGCAGAUUAUUGCCAGAAAUCAAUAUAACGCGAUGUGUGAAAUUCGAUCCGGCCGGCAAUGGAGAGAAGAUUUGGAGUGAUUUGAAGGAGACCGGAAGAUUGAGUGACAAAUGUGUCGAUGAUAAUCCUAAAACCAAAGAUGUAGCCACGGCUCUCUGUGCCCAAGUGGCCAUAAAGCCAAAUGCAACAUACGAUUUAGAAUUUGUGCUGGCAUGGGACAUGCCCACGGUUGAAUUCCCAAUGCGAAUGAAAAAGUAUUCUCGAUACUACACUAAGUAUUUCGGAGCUGAUGGUGCGGCAGGACCAAAAAUAUGUGAUCACGCUCUCAAGAGCUAUUUCAACUGGGAAAAAUUGAUUGAUGCAUGGCAAAAGCCCGUGCUGGAAGAUAGUGCACUUCCUGACUGGUAUAAAAGUGCAAUAUUUAAUGAACUCUACUUUAUAUCCGAUGGAGGAACAUUAUGGCUGAAUAUCGACUCGAAUUUGGAAAAGAAACUGGACUUUGACGAUCCAAGGCUGGCUUAUGGACGUUUCGCUUAUUUAGAAGGUCAUGAAUAUCGCAUGUAUAACACGUACGACGUCCAUUUUUAUGCAUCUCAUGCUUUAGCUCAUCUAUGGCCUAAUUUGCAGGUAAGCCUACAAUAUGACUUCAAGGACUCAAUAGCAGCCGAAAUUGAAGACAACCGGAAACAUCUCUAUGAUGGCAAAUGCACUCCACGUAAAAUUAAAAAUUCCGUUCCGCAUGAUCUUGGUGAUCCAGAGGAAGAACCAUUCGUUCUGCUCAACGCCUACCCAAUACACGACGUCUCCGAAUGGAGGGAUUUAAAUAUGAAAUUCGUCCUCCAAGUCUACCGUGACUACUUCGUACUGAACGAGCUACAACAAGCCCAAGCUGAGAACGCUAGUAAAUUCAGCUCCAUUGAGUUCAUUGACAAGGAUAGCUUGUAUGAAAUGUAUUUACAAGACAAUCGGAAUAAACCUUCGAAUGAGCUACAAAACAAGAAGUCAGCGUCAAUGUACAUCAAUGAGUCGAAUGGGAAAGUGUAUUUAAUGGACGCAAUAACCUAUCUGAAGGCGAUGUAUCCGGCUUGCAAGGUUGUAAUAGAUAAAUCUAUGGAAUGGGAUAAAGACGGAGACGGCCUCAUAGAAAAUUGCAAGUUACCUGACCAAACGUUCGACUCGUGGGUUAUGGAAGGGCCUAGUGCAUAUUGCAGUGGAUUGUGGUUAGCUGCUUUGCAAUGUAUAUCAGCCAUUGCCACUAUUCUCGAUCAACCCAACGAUUGCAUCCAUUAUCAAGAAGUACUCGAAAAAGGAAAACAAUCCCUUCAAGAAAAAUUGUGGAAUGGAACCUACUAUCGUUUCGAUACAUCCAAAGACAAUAAAGAUACGAUAAUGGCAGACCAAUUGAGCGGACAUUGGUAUUUGAAAGCGUGCGGAUUUGACUAUGAUAUAUUCCCCAAAGAAAAUGUUAGGAGUGCAUUAAAGACCAUCUACAAUAACAACGUGCUCGGCUUUUGUGGUGGACAACUGGGCGCCGUCAACGGUUUCAUUCCAAACCCGGAUCCUGAGAAGCCUGGUCAUAUUGAUACUACGACAAUCCAAAGUGAAGAGAUGUGGACCGGAGUCACAUAUGCCCUGGCAGCGACCAUGUUGCAAGAGGGCAUGAUUGAGCAAGCAUUCCAAACAGCAGGCGGCCUAUAUAACACCCUUUCGGAACGUAUCGGUAUGAAUUUCGAGACACCUGAGGCUUUGUAUGCUGAGAAAAAAUUCCGCUCGGUUGGAUAUAUGCGACCAUUAAGUAUUUGGGCUAUGCAGGCAGCAUGGGAACGAAGGAAGCUAAUCAGAGAUUAAAAACUUUCCAUGUUAGAUGUUAUCAAUCAUAAAGAAAGCAGACACUUCGUAUAAAAACUUCUUUUCCAAAUUGUGAUAUCGCACAUAGAUGUAUUAAUUUUUCUACGUUUCGCAUUUAUUUUCUAUCGCUUAGUGUUAGAGUAAUUGAACAGUGCAAUCAGUCGUUAUAGUCUACAUCAAUAUUUUUUUUUGCAAUAGACGGAUUUUCCAUCGUUGUUUUUUAGGCGUUAGAAAUAUGAAGUAUUGUAAAAUGGUGCUCGUCCACUAACUGCUGCAUAAAGUUAAUUAUUAGACGGCUCAGAGCCAGUUAUGCGGUUGGACGUUUUAGGAGAACGUGAAAAGUUUUAUCACAAAGAAAAGAGUCACAAUCAUAGUAUUUUUAUUGUUGCUGGUACCUCUCAAGGUUUUAACCAUUCAUGCAUGAGAUUCUAAAUGUUUCCGGAAAAUUAUGGAUGUUUCUAAGGAAUAAUUUGAUGUAGAGAGAAAAGUUUGACACAUCAAUAAAUUUCAAGAUAUUUAUCGAGGAUUGAUCAAGUAUAGAAAACUAUAUUCCCUGAAGACCGGUAAAACCUUUUAAAGUUCCACAAUUUUCACAGAUCAUGUCUUCUACGUAGAUUCUUAAUAGUCAGUAUCAUUUUCCCAGGUUUGAAGUAAGUGAUUCAAGAGAACUCCAGACCAAAUAAUCGCUUUAAUAAAUUUCCUAAACUCGUCCUUUUCAUAACUAAACCUUUUGAUAGCAACAAAUAUAUUAGUAAAGAGUUUCCACAAAUUUCAACGCGAUCGUGCUCCUCAUUUUCCAAAGAAUUAUUCUGGUCAUCAAUCAAUAGUAUUACAUAAAAUAAACUUUAUUGCAUUGUACAUAAUCAAUUUUAACUAUUUCACUAGACAAUAUGAUGCGACAUUCAAUUGCGUACUCGAAAACGAGCAUUUUAAUCCUACUUUUAACCUGCAGACAAAAAAUAGCAAUUAAAUGUGCAAAUACGCUUUAUCAGAAGUGCUUAACAGAGUCACGUAUUCCUUGAGAACAAUUUCUAGGUACUACACACAAACUGCUGUGAGGGAGUCGAGUGGAGUUGUUUUAGUCGGAGAAAGGACAAAGAGAUAUUUUUGCGAUGAGAAUUUAUAUAUUUUUUCGUCAAUUGCUUGAAAGUUAUGAAUAAAUAAGAAAGAAUUUGAAAUUCUAGCGCUAUAUUUUCUUAAAAGUUACAAAACUCAAUUUUUCGUAUUAAAAGCAUGAGUUUUCCUUUAAUCGCUGAUGCAUGUGUAAAUCUAUAAUAUUUUUGUUAGCAAUGUAGCGAAAAAUACCAGAGAAAUAUAUGUUGAAUAAAAUAUGAUAGUUGAGAA